GUUGACCAACAAAAGACGGAAUGUGUCGUCGAUCAUUCCGAUUUUAGCCAUUCACGGUUAAGGUAGAACAGCCAAGAGGAAAUAUAUAAACCCCUACGACCGUCAUGGCAUUAUCUUGGACCUUAGUAUUGGUGGUCAGUGUGACGUUUCUAGUUGGAAAUUCAUUAUGUGCUCCUCCAUCUCUGUUGGAACAGGAUCCCCGCAUCAUAAAUGGCACGGAAGCCUCUUUGAGUAGAACAAAACAUCAGGUUUCAAUUAGACGGCGUUUGAAUGAUGGCUACUUCUUUGGUACCGGUCACAUUUGUGGUGGUUCCCUGAUCUCCGAGAAUGUUGUUCUGUGUGCUGCUCAUUGUUUUACAGAUCAGUUUGCCUACAAUGGAAGCUAUUUGCCGGAUAGUGAUUUCAUUGUGGUGAUGGGAAAUUUGGAUCGUUUUGAGAAUAACAACAACACUCUGAUUUUUGAUAUCAAAAAGGUUGAGAAGCACAGGGCCAUAUUCAACUUCUCAACAUACGAAGAUGAUAUUGUUUUAGUCAUGUUGAACGGAAGUGUUCCAGCGAAUCAUCCAACGGUGAAACCCAUUGUCCUCAAUGAUGAAGCAAUACAAAAUGGAACCAUAUGUCAAGUAACUGGCUGGGGUGAAACUGAAGAUGGUUACUCAUCGGAUCUUUUGAUGACCGUCGAUGUGCCAUAUAUUCCACCAGAUGUAUGCCGUACCGAAACAGCCUAUAUGCAAUUGAUUAAACCGGGUAUGAUGUGUGCCGGCUAUUUGGAAGGUGAACGUGAUGCUUGCCAGGGUGAUUCUGGUGGCCCAUUGGUUUGUAAGAAUGUACAGGCUGGCAUUACUUCAUGGGGCAGUGGUUGCGCUCAACCUUUGAAGCCUGGUGUUUAUACGGAUGUUGCUUUCUAUAAGGAUUGGAUUCUGCAAAAGGUUGCCGAAAAUAAUGGCACUUUGCCAAAAUUCUCAUCAAAUGGUUCAAUGUCUAUUAACAGUGGCUCAAUGUUGUUGGCGGCCAUUUUGGUGGCUUUCAAUUUGAUAAUGAAAUGGUUUUAAAUAAAGCAAAUAUUUACUCUAAAA